AUGAAGAUGAAACCACCAAUGUUCUUUGGUGGAAUUGAACCAUUGAAAGCAGAAACCUGGUUACUCGAAAUGGAAAAACUGUUUGAAAUACUUCCCUGUACCAAGAUUCAGAAGGUUUUACUGGCCACCUAUACUCUGAAAGACGAAGCUCGAAGAUGGUGGUUUCUGAUUCGGAAUACCAAUGGGAACAUGAUGUGGGCUCGAUUUAAUGAGAUAUUUUAUGAAAAUUAUUUUCCUCAAUGUUUUCGGGAUCAAAAAGUGUCUGAAUUCCAAGAACUUAAACAAGGCAGAAUGUCUGUAGCCGAGUACGAGGCAAUGUUCACCGAAUUAGCUAGAUUUGCUCCUCAUAUGGUGGACAAAGACUACAAGAAAGCUCGCAAAUUUGAGGGAGGAUUAAACUUGGACAUAUUUGAUCGAGUUGGGGUACUAAAGUUGCCAACAUACGUGCAAGUUCUUGACAGAUCUUUAAUGGAGGAAGCCACCCUAGCCGCUAUGAAAUAA